GCGGCCCCGCGGAGGGCAGGGCGCGCGGCCGACAUGGGCGAGACCAUGUCCCGGAGGCUUAAGUUGCAGUUGGGCGGGGACGCGGAUAUGGAAGAGCGGGCGUUCCCCAACCCCUUCCCGGACUACGAGGCCGCCGCCGCUGUGCCGGCCGAGGAGCCGCCACGUGCUCGCUCCCAGCUCACUCCCGACGAGCUCGGCCUCCCCUUCCACAGCGAUGGGAAGAUUAUUAAUAAUUUCACAAGGCGGAUCCAGACCAAAAUCAAAGACCUUCUCCAGCAAAUGGAAGAAGGGCUGAAGACAGCGGAUCCACAUGAUUGCUCUGCGUAUACUGGUUGGACAGGCAUAGCCCUUUUGUACCUGCAGUUGUAUCGGGUCACGUGUGACCAGACCUAUCUGCUCAGAUCCCUGGAUUACGUAAAGAGAACACUUCGGAAUCUGAAUGGCCGGAGGGUCACUUUCCUCUGUGGAGAUGCUGGGCCCUUGGCCGUCGGAGCUGUGGUAUAUCAUAAACUCAGAAGUGAUUACGAGUCCCAGGAAUGCAUCACAAAACUUUUGCAGCUCCAGAGAGCCAUCGUCUGCCGAGAUUCAGACCUUCCCGACGAGCUGCUUCAGGGCCGGGCAGGCUAUCUGUACGCCUUACUCUACGUGAGCACGGAGAUGGGGCCGGGCGCCGUGUGUGGGUCAGCUGUCAAAGAGGUAGUCGACGCUAUUAUUGAAUCGGGCAAGGCUUUGUCAAGGGAAGAAAAGAAGGCUGAGCGCUGUCCCCUGUUGUAUCAGUGGCACAGGAAGCAGUAUGUUGGAGCCGCCCAUGGCAUGGCCGGAAUCUACUACAUGUUAAUGCAGCCAGCAGCAAAAGUGGACCAAGAAACCUUGACAGAAAUGGUGAAACCUAGUAUUGACUAUAUGCGCCACAAAAGAUUCCGAUCUGGGAAUUAUCCGUCAUCCCUAAGCAAUGAGACAGACCGACUGGUGCACUGGUGUCACGGGGCCCCCGGUGUCAUCCACAUGCUCAUGCAGGCAUACAAGGUGUUUAAGGAGGAGAAGUACUUGAAGGAGGCCAUGGAGUGCAGCGACGUGAUUUGGCAGCGAGGUCUGCUGCGGAAGGGCUAUGGGAUCUGCCAUGGGACCGCUGGCAACGGCUACUCUUUCCUUUCCCUUUACCACCUCACGCGGGACAAGAAGUACCUCUACCGCGCUUGCAAGUUUGCAGAAUGGUGCCUAGAAUAUGGAACACAUGGUUGCCGCAUUCCUGACAGACCCUAUUCUCUCUUUGAAGACACCAGGACUGUUGUCUCAUAAAUCUCCCCCGUGAGUUUGUCUGAUUCUUUCCCCACGGAAACUUGUCCUGCCAUCUCCCACUUCCUGAAACUCGGAGGUUCAGUUUGGACUCCGGAGCUACACUGUCCAAUAUGGUAACCACUAGCCACCGGUGAGUAUCUGAAUGUAAAUUAGUUUCAUGAAGAUUAAGUUAAAUUUUAAAAUCCAGUUCCUGCAUCUCCCUAGCCUCAUUUCUUUUUUUUUUUUUUUAACAUCUUUGUUGGACUAUAAUUGCUUUACAAUGUUGUGUUAGUUUCUGCUGUAUAACAAGGUGAAUCAACUAUAUGUAUCCUAGCCUCAUUUCAACUGCCCAAUAUCCACAUUUAGCCCGUGGCUACUGUACUGGACAGUGCAAGUAUUUCCAUCAUCAUAAAAAUUUCUGUCGGAUAACGCUGCUCCAGAUGUGGUUAUAUCCUGGUUGGACAUUUUUGGCAAGACUGUUUCUUAGGUGGUAUUUUGUACUCAGUACUGCAUCACAUGCAGAGGCCGGGUUGGGAGUCCCAGGGUGUCCUGAGGGACUUGUAAACUGCACUAGGGAUAUCACACGCCCUCCACAUCCUUCUCUGGUCGUCAGUCGGGAUGCUACAUCCUGCGAUGGAAAGAUUUCUAGGGAAAAGAAAAUAAAAUCAAAGAAUAUUAGAGCCGAGAGGGAAGUUUGAUUAUUUUAUAAGCAGCUGAGGAAACUGAGGCCCAUAGAGGUUCAAGACUUGCCCAAGGUCACUGAUGCUAGUUGGAAGCAGAGAAUCACCUUCGACAAGCAUCUUCGUACUCCUGGCCAUGCAUAUAUCAGAGUCGAAAAUACCCUGUGGCAACUGAGAUCACACUACUAAAAAUAAUCAUAAAAUAUUUAUCAGUGUCAGGUACUGUAUUUAGUCCUUAAAAAAAUUACUUCACACGAUUCUCACAACCACCCCACAAGGAAGGUUACUACAGAAAAUCUCUGAUUAACAGGAAUUUAUUUUUUCAGGUAAUAAGAAACCUAGAAUUGGUUCAACCCUAUGAAAGCUGGUAUCUCUGUGAUCAUCUUGGCCUUUCCGUCAUGGUCACAAGGUAGCUGCUGCAGCUCCAGAUAUCACAUCAGUGUUGAAAGCAGGGUGAACCUGCAUGUGGCAGUGCCAGCAACUCCAGUCUCAUUUAUGACAAAAGUGAAAUCUUUCCCAGAGGCCCAGAGUAGACUUCUGUAGUAUCUAUCAUUGGCCAAGACUGUGCCCGUCGCAAAGAAAAUGUGUGGCUCUUCUGGCUUCUACAGAAGAAACAGGCAAGGGAACGGGGGUUGGAUUAAACCAAACAACAUGGAGGUGUUCCUGUCCUCACGGUUCAGUUGAGGAAGCUGAUGCUCAGAGUGCAGAAUCCCUCACCGGGGGCUAACCAGUGAGUUUCAGCGGCAGAGAUGCUUUGACUCCAGAGCCCAUGAUGAGUACAGUGUGCUCACUGAAGAAUGAAAAUGUGAGGACUCAGGUUGCCAGGUCUGGGCUGGUUCAAACACUUCAAGAGGUAGGAUGUGUGUGUCCUCAAAGAACAGGGGAGAGGCUGCCCCAGACCGUGAUGCUGCCACCCGAAUAAUAAACUGAGGAAGGACAUUCAGGAGAAGAGUGCCAGAGGUAUUUGGGGGUGGACGGAUUAGAGAAGUUUUACUUACUCCACUCGUAAUAUAUAUUUAAAGCUACAUUUCAUGUAUCUAUAUACUUAAUGCUAUAUAUAGUCAGUGCUACGUUUCUAUAUCAUAAAUAUUUCAUAAAUAUAUUUAUUUAAUAUAU